AUGACCUUUGGUAUUACGUGGAGAAAAUGUGCACUUUCGUGUGCGGGCAUCGGCUGGGCAGAAUCCAUCAACCUAGGCGUGCUGAGCUUAAUCAGUCCGCGGAACAACAGAUCCACACCGAGACAGGAAUCUUCACGAGACAGGAAUCUUCACGAGACAGGAAUCAUCACGAAACAGGAAUCUUCACGAAACAGGAAUUACCCACGAAACAGGUAUCUUCACGAACAAAAGAAACCGACCCAGCAAAAAAUCAGGCGCCCCAGAAAAAGUCAAGCCACGCCCACCUUUGGCCCCGCGACGUGUCCACCAGCCUUCCUGCCAAAAAAGAGCCUUCCCAGAUUUUUGCCUCCAAAAUGGCGAGUCCGAGCCGCGCCGUGGUUAUCGCCUCGCGCCGCCUGCUACAUGCCGGCGCUUUGUCCGGAUUACUCAGGAUUUGUCAAGCGCUUUUCGGCAUGGGCCUGA